AUGGCGCCUUCCAGCAAACUUAUGAGGAACGUUCGGAUUGACUCCUUGCCGUCCGAUCGCCAGAUAGCGGCUAAAGAUUGCCGCCAGUGUAUCAGACGUCGCAUUAAAUGUGACCGCACAAUUCCACACUGUGAAAAGUGUACGAUCCGCAAGCUGUCUUGUCCAGGCUUCCCUCGCAUUCACCUGAGAUGGGAUCAGGGGGUGGCCAGUCGUGGCAAUUUCAGAGGCAAGGCAUUGCCAGUGCCGAAACCAAGCAAGCCGUCAGAGCCAGUUGUGGGCGAUGCUCACGCGCUUACGCUCGGUCUAUAUAUCGAUACGGUGUCUCCUACGAGAGACGCGAGCCUAUUGAACAAGCAUCUUUCUCGAUCCCUUGAUGAAAACUUGCUUCAGCAUUUCUUCUCCACGGUUGUGUCUCAUUUAACCUGGCUCGAUGACGGUCCAUGCAAUCCAUGGAGGAGCUUGAUCCAGCCUUUAGUCAACAGAUCGGACUAUCUCCGGGUAUCCAUUUCUGGCCUUGCAGCCGCUCAUUUAUCUGCCACAUCGGUAGAUGAUGCCCAGUCAUCAUUCUUUUUGCAGAUUAAUCAUCGCGUUCGGAAUGACACUUUGAAGAGCUUGAGCUAUAGAAUGCGCUUGGAACUUUGUGCAAAUACUACGACAUCGAGGACAAGGUCCCUGGACUUUGCCCUCUUGGAGAUGCUUGCCUGUACUCUCAUUCUUUGCUAUUCAGAGCUGCACAUCCCGAGCUCAACAGACUGGGGAUUGCACCUUCGGGCUUGCCGCACGAUGAUUGAGAGAUGUUACCUGAGAUCUUGUCGGGAACAGCCCCAAGACGCACUGUCCAGAUUCCUCAUCAAAGAGGUUGUUGAUCUAGAGACGUUUGGCAACCUUGCGGGAUUCAAAUGCUCAGGAAAUCUAAGCACAGAUAUGGACUCCGGCUCCUUCUUGAACACCAAUUUCUGGACCUUCACAGCUCUUAUCAACGAGAUCACUGCCACUGGAAAGCUUCACUCAGAUCGUUCGGAUACCCGUCAAAGUUUCAUCGAGCCGGACAUGACGGAGUGGCAUGAUAAACUCGAAGCGGCAUAUCAUCGAGCUACUGGAAUGGUAACUUCUUCGCCAGAAUGUGAUGCCAUCCAAAGCAUGUUCCACACUAUAAUCGAUGCUCAUUAUUACGCUACUCUGGUUUACAGCUACCAAUGUCUAGCUCCGCACGCAAAACACAUCCAAAGAGUGGUGGAAUAUUGUGAUAUUAUCUGGCAUACCAUUCAAGCUGUCACGAAAAGCUCACACCCUGCAUUCAUACAUGACGUUUUCUUUCCUCUUUUCAUUGUUGGUACCCAAUGUCAGAUUGAUAGAGAAAGGCAGUCUGAAGUAGAAAUGGCUUUCUUGCAAUCCAUAUCUGCGACAGGCUUUUGGUGUAACCAGACUGCGUUGCAGAUGCUGCGCCUCUUCUGGAAACACUCGGAUCAUAGCGGGAACGAAACUUGGAUUCAAUUUGCUCGAAGAAACGAAGCUGCAAUCGGUCCAUUUGUUAUCUUUUGA